AUGGGUCGCAUGGUCAUAGUCACCCCAGACGAUCAGAUAUUUACAUUCUAUGCCAACUUCUUUGCAAACGAUCAGGAUAAUGCGACAUGGACUCACCCCUACUCGGUCUGGUGGUCCAAUGACACGGUCAAACAAGGUCACGGCUUGUCGAUUUCUCAUGCGGACAGGGACGACUUUAUCUAUGGGCCCGGAGAUCCCGUAAAGUCUUUUGAAGAUCCUGCGUUUCGCCAAUCAAUCGCUCUUUCGGCGCGAGAGUUACAGAAUGGAACCGUUCUUACCACGGACUCGCUGGCUGCAUUCUCUGCCAAUGUGAAUCUUGCACCGAGGAGAGGUGCGAAGCCUCUUAUAUCAUUCCCUCUCGUCCAGGGCAUGGCUUUCGUCACUGGUGUCUACAGCAAAGCGACUGUUGUUAUUCAAUCGCAGAAGCGGUUCUCGAAUAUUACUGACCUUCAUCUGAGCGCUGCCGGCUCCGGCCCUUCGGUGUAUGGGUGGAAUGUCCAAUUGGGCGACGGGUCGAGUUGGUUGAUCUACCUUACCCCAACCUGCUGGCCUGGACGGCCAACCCUUCAAAUCACGGACAAAGGAACAAUCCUGGGUCCGAGGAACUUUACUGGAACAGUGCAAGUUGCCAAGAAUCCCGCUGGAGCAGCUGGCAUUGACAUUUUUAACAAAGCUGCUGGAGUGUACCCAGUUGGCGCCACCAUCUCGGGUAGUGUUUCCGGUCGCACUGGGACAUACACCCUGGCCUGGAAGAAGCAGGGGGUAGAGGAACGAACAUUGCUCAUGUUUGCUUUGCCGCAUCACGUUCAGUCACUUAGCGCAGAGACAGCGAGGGGUCUCACCAACAUCGCGUUGGCCAGCACGACCAAGGGAAUGGCCACGGCUGUAGUUGCAGACCAGUUCACUAUGGUGGAAUACGAGCUCCCUACAGAUAUUGGAUUCGAUCCAUGGUCACCGCGUCUCGGAUCGGUGGGCUCUGCCGCAACAGUAUCUCAAGGCGCCAAGGCGGCGAUUAUCAAGGCUGCAAAAGCCGAGCUCGCCAGGGAUAUCACAAAACUUACCAAUCUUACAUCCAAGUAUUAUGGUGGAAUCGCUUUUUCGGUCUACGCGAGAGCACUUUAUGCUGUCCACAACAUUGCUGGAGACAUGUCACUCACAGUCAGUUCGCUUUCAAAGCUUGAAGCUGCUUUUGAAAGGUACAUCAUGAAUGAGGAACCAAACCCUCUAUGCUACGAUGCCGUGUGGAAGGGUCUGGUCUCUUCUGCGUCUUACGGUAAUAACGACUCCUCAAUCGACUUCGGGAACACAUACUACAACGAUCAUAACUUUCACUACGGCUACUAUGUGUACACUGCCGCAAUCAUUGCUCACUUUGAUCCCUCUUGGCUGAGCAAGAAUGGUGGUGUCAACAAGAUUUGGGUCAACAACCUGAUCCGUGACUGGUCGAACCCAUCUGCCGAAGACCCUUUCUUCCCAUUUUCCCGAUCCUUCGACUGGUUCCACGGCCACAGCUGGGCCCGUGGUGUCCUUGAGGCACCUGAUGGCAAGGAUCAAGAGUCCUCAGCCGAAGACGCCUUCUCAACCUACGCUAUCAAGAUGUGGGGUAAGGUAAUUAAUGACGCCAACCUCGAAGCCCGUGGUAACCUCCAACUUGCCGUCACUGCGCGUAGUCUCCAGUCAUACUUCCUCCUGGCAAGCGACAACGCCGUCCAACCAGCCAACUUUAUUGAGAACCGCGCGACGGGCAUCCUCUGGGACAGAAAGGUCAAUCACACGACAUACUUUGGCGACGACAUCGCGUUUAUCCAAGGGAUACACAUGCUUCCGAUUGUGCCGAGCAGCGCUUAUGUCCGCAAACCUUUCUUUGUACGUGAGGAGUGGGAUCAGUAUUUCGCUGGCAACAAGUCUGGAUCUCUUAGCAGCGGCGGUUUUGCAGGUCAUAUCUAUGCAAACCUCGCUAUUGCAGAUAAGGCUGGUGCCAUUGAGAGUCAUGCAUUCUUCAGGAAGCAGAGCCCCGAUAGUCCCUACCUCAGCGGAUCGAGUCUGACUUGGGAUCUGGCGUAUACGGCGGCGUUGGGAGGGAGUUUGGCAUUCAACGUGUCUGUGAAAUCGACGCGUCUUUGGACCUGA